AGAAUAGAGCUGAUUGGCAGCAAACUCGAUUACUGGAUAGAAGAAUCUCCGAUCUCUACUCUGAUUUAUUACAUCAAGAUUUGUUACUAAGGGAAAGGAAUCGAUAUGGUAUUUUAAAUGUGCAUAAAUUAUCAUAAAUAUGAUUCUUUGGAGAUCCUAUCCGAGGAGUUAUAUAAAAGCUCUAAAGUUUACUAGAUAUUUCCCCAUAUGUCACGUAUCAAAUCGUUUUACUUCUGUAAGAAAAUGUCCAAACGUGAUAAUAGUACCUGUUACAACAGCACCAUUCAUUGCUCAAAAAUCUAACAAUGAAAUUAAAGGUUUAACACAAAAUGUAACUGGAAAUAAUAUUAAGGGUAACUUAUGGCAGCCGAGCCCAAAUACCGAGUUCAAAAACAUGAGGAGUUAUAUUAAAAAAUUGUCGAAAUUUCGUUUGACGUCUCUUGUGGUUAUAACGGCGAUGAGUGGAUAUGCAAUGGCCCCGGCUCCUUUUGAGCUCUACACUUUUCUAUCAUGCUCUUUGGGUACGGGCUUGGUUUCUGCUGCCGCGAAUGCUAUUAACCAAUAUCAUGAAGUACCAUUUGACUCACAAAUGUCCCGAACUAAAAAUCGGGUUUUAGUAACUGGACAGGUAACACCUCUCCAUUCAAUUGAAUUUGCGGUUAUAUCAGCAACGGCGGGGUUAAGUUUGCUAUAUUUUGGAGUAAAUGGGUUAACAGCCAUUCUUGGAGCUUCGAACCUUUUUUUAUAUACAUCUGUAUACACGCCGUUAAAAAGAAUUAGUAUUUUAAAUACAUGGAUUGGAUCGCUUGUGGGUGCUAUUCCUCCGCUAAUGGGAUGGUCUGGUUGUACUGGAAACCUCGAUGUAUCAGCAUUUGUACUAGCAGGAGUACUCUUUGCCUGGCAAUUCCCUCACUUUAAUGCGUUGUCAUGGAAUCUUCGGCCCGAUUAUUCGCGUGCUGGAUAUCGAAUGAUGUCUGUGACUAAUCCUGCACUAUGUCGACAAACUGCUUUGAGAUAUACUGCAUUAAUUACAUUGUUAUCUGCAUCUGCGCCUAUUUUAAAUUUAACUUCAUAUUGGUUUGCCUUGGAAUCAUUUCCUUUAAACGCUUACUUCUGUUAUUUGGAUUUGACAACGAGGAAGUUGCAACAAGUACUUUGAAGUUGCUAGUGAGAGUCCGGUUGGAGACGGAAGGAGAAAAAAGCGAAAAAAGAAGUAAUUUCUGUAGAGCCAAGUUCUUUGUGAGAUGCAGAAAGUUCAAACAAAGGAACAGAUUUUUCGAAAGUUUCUGAAUUUAUUGACCACCUAUAAACGCAUCAAACAGCGGAAUAACCAACCCGACCGCAACGCUACUAUAUGGACAUUUUUAACGAACGGUAUAUGGCAUACGUCAUUCAAUCAAUUCACAACCAAAUAUUCUGCAAUCGUCGGCCAAAAAUACCUUUGAGGAAACUUUAACGGUAACGGAGGAUAAAGCGAUUCGCCCAGUGCUGGCGCUAAAAAGGGAAAGUGGAUGCAGGCAAACAGACUUCCAGACUGAAUUAUUUUAAUUAAUACUUAUAUGUGGCAAUUAGCCAUUUUUUUAAUUAAAUUAAAACUCCUCUGCUGCAAUUAGCCUUUUUGAUAUUCUUGCAACCUGUUGUUAUAGAGUAUACUAGUUUUUUUUCACCUCACGGUUGUACGUAUCACCUAAAACUAAGCGAGAUAAAUGUAGGGUUAUAUAUACUAAAUAAAUGAUGAAAAUGACGAGAAAAGUUGAAAUCCGCGUGACUGUCUAUCUGUCCGUCCGUCCGUGCAAGCUGUAACUUGGGUAAAAAUUUAGAUAUCUUGACGAAACUUGGUAAUGCGCAUUACUUAGUACAAAAAAGGUAAGGGUUCGUAGAUGAGCGACUUCAGACCACUGCCACGCCCACAAAUGGCCAUUAACCGAAAACAUAUAAAGUGCCGUAACUAAGCACUAAAUUAAGAUGUCAAGCGGCCCGCCCUUUAAAAAGUUUAAUGUCCAUAUCUCCUAAACCACUUAAUAAUAAUAAUACCCAACGAUUACCCUCCUCCCGCCCAACCGACGCGAGGGGCGCAAUCCGCGAACGAGCGGAAUUAGCCGAGUCAUAAAAGGCAAGAGAGUUUUAAGCGUUGCGAUCUCAAGCUGCUCAGCUACAGAAACAAAAAUUUCAACAGCCAAAAUUAAGAAUUAAAUUAAAGUUUAUAAUUUUUAGAGAGUAGAUAAAAUAAUUUUUUUAAUGGUAAAGAGUGAGUCUGUUAGAUCAAAUGUGCUGGAAUGAGAAUUGAAAUCAUGACAUAUACGGCAGAAUGGUUCGUUUAACUCAAAAUUUGUUCUAGAAAAUUUUAAAAGUAAGGGUCUAAACUGCCUGGUAGAGCGGGCUACAGACUGACCCAAUCAUGAGUUUUACUAGAAAUAUUAUACCAAGCAUCUCCCUAGGACUAGCGAGUGUCGGGAGAUUUAUAAGUUUUAAGCGGUUAGUGUAAGGGGGAAGAUUUAAACUGGAAUCCCAAUGCAAAUGAUUUAAGGCAAGAAGUAAAAAUUGUUUUUGAACGGACUCUAACUUAUCUGAAUGGACUUGGUAACUAGGGUUCCAAACCACAGAAGCAUACUCUAAUAUAGGCCUUAUCGAGAUGUAAAAAGAAUUUUUGUGGUAAACGGAUCUCUAAAUUCUUUAGACCAACGUUUAACAAAACUAAGAGCGUCUUUAGCUUUAAAAACCGUGGCAGAUGCGUGAAGAUCAAAUUUAAGUUUGGGGUCCAUAGUUACUCCCAGAUCAACAAAACUGCAUAGUUGUUCAAACCUAAAGUUUCGUAUGAAGUAGGGUCUACAGAUUUACGUGAAAAGCACAUCGUUUUACAUUUUUUAAGGUUCAAUGGCAUGUCAUUUCUAUCACACCAAGAAACUAGGUUGUUUAAGUCUGUUUGCAACUGACAUCUUUCGCUGUUUGAAGUAUACGUUUUAAAAAGUUUUACAUCGUCAGCAUAUAAUAAAACUUUUGAAGACUUAACAACAGAUGAUAUGUCAUCAAUAAAUAACAAGAACAGAAUUGGACCUAGAUGGCUACCUUGUGGAACGCCUGAAGGUACAUUGAUAAUGUCAGAAAAAUGAUCGUUAAAUAUGACUUGUUGAAUUCUAUUACUAAGAUAACAAGCAACACAUUUUAGAAAUAUUGGUUGAAACCAAGAAGAUCAAGUUUAUUCAAAAGAAUUGAAUGGUUUACUUUAUCAAAAGCUUUACUAAAAUCUGUGUAUAUAACAUCAGUAUUCUUAUUCUCCCUAAAGCCCGUUGAUACAUGUGAUGGAAAUUCAAGCAAAUUGGUUAUUGUAGAUUUCCCUUUACGAAAACCGUGCUGAGAACAAGAAAUUAGUGGAGAGAUCCGGAAGGUUAUGUCGUCUGUUAUAAUUGCUUCAAAAAGUUUAGGUAUUGCAGACAACUUUGCUAUUCCCCUAUAGUUUUCAGUAGAUGACCUAAGUCCACUCUUAUGUAAAGGCAUUUUAAAUGACUUUUUCCAUAUGGAUGGAAAUAAGCCUUGCAUAAGAGAUGAAUUAAAUAGUUUUGUUAGGGGUUGGUAUAUAUAUUUGGCACAUUUCUUAAAAAAGCAUGAGGAAAUCACAUCUUGGCCUUAAUGACAUGAUUGUUCUAACAUAUUUAACUGAUAUAAGACGUCUGCUUCGGAAAUGGUAGGUGCAUUAAUGACAGAAAUCGGACAUAAUUUGUGCUGAUGCGGAACAUUUUUUGGAGAUUUUGGAGAGUAAUUAGACUUAAAGAAUUCAGCGAACAUAUUAGAAAUGGUGUGAUUGUCACUACAUACUAGACUUAUAUUUCAUAGCGGACGGUAAAUUAGAAAUCCUGCGUUUGGAGUUGACGAAACCAUAGAACAAUUUUGGAUUACGCAUAAUAUUAUUUUUUACUUUAUUUAUAUAAUUAUUAUAACAUAUUUUGUUAAGUUCAGCAAAUUUUCGACGCAAUUUAGAAUAUUUUGAAUAGUCAGCAACUAAACCAGUUUUUUUAAAAAGAUUAAAAGCACGAGAAUUUCAAUUUUUUAAUUUACAUAAUUCUUUCGAAAACCAUAAAUUAGAACUUAUUUUUUGAGUAACAACACACUUCGGAACAUAUUUUUCGAAUAAGUUUAAAAUAGUUUCAUUAAAGUGGGAAGCACUAAAUUCAAUAUUGCCACUGUAGUCUGGCCAAGUUACUUUAGAAAGUUCGUUAUUAAUCUUCUUAAAAUUAGCUUUCGCAAAGUUGAACCGAAAACAAAGGUCUUGUGUAUUAUUAUGAGCAAAGUAGGCUAUGAUUUUGAUGUUAAUUUCCUGUAUAUGAUACGGGUCCUCGGGCCGAACCCAAGGAUCACAUCGGACAACGGACAAUAUUGAAGCGUUAUCAACAUAAUCUAGAACUAAGAACUUACCAAACUCGUUUGAAAUUAAUUUGGUUAAGACUCAACUCCGACAUUUCAUCUAAGAACUCGUUAAAACAUAAGCAAGUACUAAUAGGUAUGGUGGAAUCAUCAAUAGAGUUCCAUGAUAGGAACGGUAGAUUGAAAUCUCCCAAAACAAUCAUGGAAUCAGUAUUAUUAGCCAUCGAAAAAACAUUAUUUAUUAAUGAAGCAUGUUGCAUAUAUUGUAUACAGAUAUAUCCGAGUGAGGCGGUAUAUAAGAUAAAGUUAAGUAGAUAUGACCACUAUUAGCGCAAAUACGAAUGCACUUAAAUUCUAUGAAGUCUGCAUGCGGAACAUCGACUUCUUCAGAUGGAAUUGAAGAAUGAACAGCAACCAAGACAAACCUCCUUUUCUGUUCAGUCGGUCAUAUCUAAAGAUUUCGAAUUUGCUGUUGAAUAUUUCAUUAUCAAAAAUGUGAGGCUUUAGCCAAGUUUCUGUGAAGGCAAUGAUUUUAAAGUUGCAAUGACCGCUAUUUAAAUACAAAUCAGCAAGUUUUGUGUUAAGACCUCUAACAUUUUUAUAAUAAAUAUUCAGCGAAUUAUUGUUAAUUAGUUUUUUGUAAUCACGGGAUUUCUUGGCAAUUUAGGGAUAACUACGGGGGGCUUAUCGCGUUUGUGAUCGAAUUCGCGCAUAAAGACCCCAGACGUCGAUCUUAAAUGACGAAAUAUCCCUGUUGUAUUUGAAAUUAAAUUUACGGAUGUCUGUAUCUUCCGUUUUUAAUUUCGACGAGAUGUAACUUUUUAUAUCGUCGACUAUCGUAUCCGCAGCAAGUCUCGAAAUAAAAAUUGCCCUUUUCCGUGGUAUUACAACUAAGUUGUUAUUAGCUGACUUGGAGGUAUUUGGAGGCGGAUCUUGUGAAGUUUUCCGCUUACCGUGCUCAGUAACAGUUUUCUCUGUGUCUUGAGCGGACGGAACCUUCUCUCCUUGAGGACAAGGGGAUGAAAGAUUAAUGAGGUCAAUAGUGGGUGGAGGCAUUCUCUUUAAGGAAGAUACAGUGGUAUCUUCAUCAGAAGGACGUUUACGUUUAGCUAAAGGUUUUGGAUUUUCUUCCCGCACAUUUAGGCAUUGAAAUGAUUGAAACAGCCUAAAUUUUUCAGUAAGGGUUUCAAGCUCUCGACCAAUCUCCUUGAAAUCAUUGCGCGCCUGCUUAAAAACUUUAAACAAUUCUCUUUCUGUUGGUUUGCAUUUUAAGCAAGACCAGCGCAAGCCCUUACCGUCGAGAAUAGAAUCCAAUAUCCUACCUCUCAGUCCAGCACAUUUAAGAUGGGCAAGCCCAUCACAAAGGCAGCAAGAAACAAAGCGUUCCGACUCGCCUUUCACAGAGUCGGUAAGUUACAAGCCAUAAUGAACAAAAAAUAAUAUUAAAUCAUGUAAAAAAUGUUAAAUAAUAAAAGUAAAAGAGCAAUGACAAAAAUAUUUAUAACAAAUGAGUGCAAUAAAAAUAGUUGGUUAGCAAAGAUAACAACCAAUGUAGCGAGCAGUUUGAGAUACACUGUAACACACGAAAAGUAAGAAACUCGCGAACAGUUGUGGACAAAGAUGGAAACGAAUAAAAACAAGAAACAAAAUUAAAUAAGCAAUAUAAAUUAACACUAACAAAAACAAAUUGAACAUGACCCGGCGGAAUAAAUUAUAUCUAGCCAACACACAAUUAAAGUAAAUUUCAAUUACUUUAAUAGAACAAUAUUACAUUGAUACUUAUCUUAACGGAUCACUCAAUUCGAAUAAUUUCCACAAAGUUUUUAAUAUUUUAUAUAUUAAACAAAUUUCUAAGUUUCUAAGAGCACGAAAGCACAGCUGUACACGAGAAAAGUUGCCAGAUGAUGAGAAACAAAUUUGCUGAGUACAAAUUUUAUAACAAACAAUAAAUCAAUAACUAAAUAUGCCAGAGACAUGAAAUUUUUCCACCGAGAUGGUAUGAGAGAACUUAAUGGGAGCUGGUGUAAAAAUUGGAUGAUGGGCGUGGCACCGCCCACUUUUUGGUUAAAUCUCAUUUCUCUAGACUCAACAGAUCGAUUUCAACAAAAUUUAGUACUUGGAUUUCUUACAUUCUCAUGAGACAUUGUAACAAUGGGAGAAAUCGGACUAGAACCACGCAUUUUUCCUAUAUAACACAAUUUUAAAUCCCACUUGAUUCGUUCAGUUUCCAGUACUCAAAUCAAAAAGCAAAACUUGCACGAAUAAUGUAUGUAGUAUGUCCUUGAGCGGAUCCCCGGGGGGGAGGUGGCGGAAAAAAUUAAAAAUUCAAAACUAUACAUUAUUUUCAUCAUAAGUCACAUUCUGCGAAGAAAAGAACUUUGAGUUGCAAGUACAACAUUUUUUAGUUCCCCUCCCAAAAUUCUACUCUGGAUCCGCGCUUGAGUAUGUCCCACCUUAUGACCAAAAAUUGUCUAAACCCAAUAAAAACUGGUUAAGCCCCUAGGUACAGAAUAUUUAAACCCCGGGAACAAUAGUUGACUUUUGAUCGAAAAUGUUGAUCAAUGAGUUAUAUCUAUAUAUAUAAAAAUGAAAUGGUGUAUAGUUGUAACGCUAAAACUCGAAAACGGCUGAACCAAAUGAAAUACUUCCUUUGGGGGAUUUGUUUGUUAUUACUACGCGCAGGUCAUGUCUUAAAAUCAGAACAAAAUAUUAAGGGGCGUAGCACCUCCCAUACAAAUUGAAUUUUUCAAGUCGAAUAUCUUCAAAAGUGUUUAAGGUGGGAACUAGAAAAUUGGUACAGAGCUACAGGAUAACAACACUACUCUCACUUAUAAAACCGGGGGCUAUCGAAUAAGGGGGCGUGGUACCUCCCAUACAAACUAAAUUUUUUAAGCAAAAUAUCUGAAAGGGUUCAAGGUAGGGACCUGAAAAUUGGUAUAGACCUAUAUGGUAUCAAAAGCCUUCUUACACAUAAAAGAAGGGGUAAUCGGAAAAGGUGGCGUGGCACCUCUCAUACAAACUGAAUUUUUCAAGGUGAAUAUCUUCAAAAGUGUUUAAGGUUGGAACAUGAAAAUUGGUAUAGAGCUAUAGGAAACAACACCAUUCUCACCCAUAAAACUUGGCGUUAUCGAAAAAGGGGGCGUGGUACCUCCCAUACAAUUAUUUUGGUUGUAAAUCCAUCAUAUAUUUAUCUCAUUUUCCACCUAGCACAAUAUUUUGGUUGUUUCUUGCUAUUUUUGUUUAUUUAUCGGUGACAGUAGCGGUUAUAUCGUAAUUUUGGUUGUGUUACGUGCUAUUUUUGGUUUAUGGAAAUGGCAGUUUUAUGAAACAAACAAAUUAAAUUAAACGUCAAUUUUGCUUUGCAAUCGAACUCACAAAAUUUAGAGGGCAAUAAAAAUGCGCCUUGCUUUACUGAUAUAUUGAUAUAUUUUAUGUUUUAAAGAGUGAGUUAUUUAGCGAAAGUGAUUUAGCGUGUUGGUGAAUACCGAUUUAUGUACAUUGGAAUUUAUCAUUCAAUUGAUCUGCUUCCUUAGUAUAAUUCAUUCAUUUUUGGAGUUUUCAAAGGUAAGUUAUUGGUUCGUAAAACCUUAUAUGAACUUUAUGCAAAUGAAUGAUCAUUUACAAUUAGAUAUUUGUUACGAUGCCAAGAAUCAGUACGCAUGGUAACACUUCUCGGAGUUCCCAGGCCGCAAGGAGAACACGAAAUAGCAGAGCACGUCAAAGGAAAGUGUUAUUGAGAGGGUAUCACCACGAAAUAGACUGCUGGAGAAUAGCACGCACCAGUUAGAAGAUGUCAACCAAACAUACAAUCAGCAAGAACGAUUGAGAAGAAGGGAAGUUCACAAUCAGCAACAACGAUCGAGAAGAAGGGAAGUUCGUGCUCGCCAAAGUGAUGAAGUAAGAUCACAACAUGCGAUUAUUCGACGACAACAGCGGCAACAUCUUUCUUUUGUGAACAUUGAACGGGCAGGUUUUCGAUAUGAUCCAAACAUUCAAUAUAGCGCAUCUGUUCAAAUCGGUCAGAUGUCAGUAGUUCGUCAAUAUUGCAAUGCAGUCAAAUUUAAAAAUGAACCGCCAGGGUUAUGUUGCGCCGGGGGAAAGGUUAUGUUUAAAUGAGUUAAGCAUCCGCCCACUCUUCCCGGAAAAACUGGCGCACCUUAAUAAACCAUCUCAGUUCACCACAGCUGAUACCACUCAACACAACUCAACACACCUCCACAUCAAUCAACGCACAUAACAAAAAGGCUGGAAAAAAGGAUAGCGAACACAUUCGAUCUAUACAAGCCGCACAUUUACAUACAUUCGUUUCUGAUACAAUCGUUUACCCACUGCGCCGUGUUAACACCUACACCGAUCUAUAAUUCACCGAUCCUGAGUGCGUGAAUUCGAUUCUUCAGUAAUUCAGAGCGCUAUAUCAAGAUCGACUCAUCAGCAACCACCGGGCUACAUCGAUUCAACAGCAUGUCUCGUUGCGUCAUCUGGACACCGUCUCGACUUUAUUUAUAGUGUACAUUAAGAUAAAUUUUAUGUCAUAAUGCAAUAAAGCCAUUAUAAAUAUAAAUUCCUCUUGCAUUCUGUUUCUAAUAAAGUGGUAGUGAGUGAAUCAUUGGAAAAAAUAACUAGUGGAUUUACACCCCUUUAAACAUGGUCCUUCGAGCCUAAAAGACAGGCACUAUAAAUUAACAGGCACAAAGCGAACCACAAAAAAUAAAAUAAAACAAUAUCUAGUGCGGUAGAAGUGCAGUGGCGAACAAAAAAAAAAAAAAAAAAAUAUAUAUAUAUAUAAACCAAACAAAAAAGCUUAAAAAACAAAAGUGCAGUGCCCCAAACAAAACAAAAACAUACCUAUAAACCUACAUACAUACAUAUGUAUAUACAUUAAGUGAAAACUGCGAAAAAAAAAAAAAGUGCAGUGGAACAAAGAAAAACCCAAAGCUGCGGUGACAAAAACAUAAACUUACAAAAACAAAAUAUAUCAAACAGUUUUAACAGGCACAACAAAAUAAAAAAAACUCAGACAAUAAAAACAAAUUUUAAACAAACAAAAUCCCACACAAUCAUUCGCGAAAGCGAAAAUAAAACAAGAAGAUAAAACACAAAUCGGGCGCGAAAAAAUAAAGCACCAAUAAAAAAAAAAACAAA